UAAUAUAUAGAGGAUAGGCCAUUCAACAAAUAUUCGCGUGUUCAGAGAGCACCCAAGAAACCAGGGUGGUAGUAGGAUGGUCCAAUGUGGUUCAACGGUUAUCACUUAUCACUUUUCGUUUAUCAAUCAUUCAAAUUUCGUGCCUUUUUAAAUUGUCAUUUUGAAUAUUCAAAUUUCGUGCCUUUUUUAAUUGUCAAUUAUUUGAAUAUUCAAAUUAUUUAACUUUUGUCACGUACCUCCAUAAUAUUUUUCAUAUUAUUCUAUUUGACAUUUUAUUUAACAUAAUAUACGUUCAAUUUAUUAUAAUGGUGCACAUAUGCGUGGUGUGCAAAUCAAAAUCCAAUACAAAUGAAGAAUUAUCUUUCCAUUUAUUUCCUAAAGAUGAUAGGCGAGGUGCCUGGAUGCAGGCUUUUGGGCUUACUGAGGUCAGUAAUUGGCAUCGUGUAUGUUCUAAGCAUUUUGAUGAGGAGCAUUUUAUCAGUAGUGGAGGCCGGAUGAUCCUUUUAAGAGAUGCUGUUCCUCUCGCUUCUAAAAAUGCUACUGCUACAACCAGUUUAAAUUCACCAUUGUCCCAAACAUUAGAACAUAAUAAUGAUACAUUUAUGGAAGAUUCACCAGUGAAUGCUAAGAGAAAAUUAUUUGAUUCUAUUUCACCUCUUGCCAAAAAAAAUUCAAAAUCCAGUAAUUCUACACGUUUUGGGGACCUUAGCAUUAAUGAUUUUAGUAGUCCUAAUAGAGCACGUCGCAAUUUUCCUGUUGUCCAAUCAACCAUUUCAGGUCUUCGCUCAAAAACUAAAAAUUUGAUGGAAAAAAAUCGUCGUUUACAAACUAAGGUCCAAUCUUUGCAAUCAAUAAUUUCUGAUUUGCAGUCAAAUUGUUAUAUUUCAGAUGCUGCAGCAGACAAUUUGAAGGUGAAUUUGGAUAUGUUGAUUGUUAAUGUUGUCAUUUAUGUUUAGUAUAUGUUUAAGUGUUUUUUCAGUAACCAGAUCCGCCAUUAAUAUAAAAUAAAAACUUUUAUGUACAAAUUGUUUUACUGUUUUGUUCAAUUUAUCUUGGUGGUUAGUUCAGUGUGUGUGUAUCAUAGUGUUGUCUUGGAAUACACAAAAAAAUGAUUAUUUUUUAAUAAAUAAACUGUUUUAUUUAAUC